ACCGGAAGUUGUGCGCGAAGACAAGCACCGUAAAGAUUUAUACAAUCUUUAUAAGUAUAUAAUAUAGAAUAUAUUGUUUGAUUAAGUGUCUUUGUUCUCAGACCAUGUUUUCACGUGACUUUGCUUGGGGAGCGGGAAGUGCUGCGUAUCAAAUAGAAGGUGGUUGGCAGUCAGACGGCAAGGGACCGAGUAUCUGGGACACAUUCUGUCAUGAGAAAGGCAAAGUGUUUCAGGAGCACAAUGGAGAUGUGGCCUGUAAUAGCUACGAGCUAUGGGACAAAGACCUGGAGUGUAUCCAGCAGCUCGGACUGACACACUAUCGCCUGUCCCUCUCCUGGGCCCGCCUCUUGCCCGAUGGGACCACACGACAUGUCAAUCAAAAAGGUGUGCAGUACUACAACAAGGUGAUUGAUGAUUUGCUGGCCUGCAAUGUCUCACCUAUGGUCACGCUUUACCACUUUGACCUGCCUCAGGCUCUUCAAGACCAGGGGGGUUGGAAGUCUGCGGGUAUAGCAACCCUCUUUGACAGCUAUGCCAAGUUUUGCUUUGAAACAUUUGGAGACAGAGUCAAGCUUUGGCUCACUGUCAACGAGCCGCGCGUGUGUGCCAAAAUGGGCCAUGAAGAUGGCAUCCAUGCCCCAGGGUUAAAGGAACCGGGGACCACUGCCUACCUUGUGGGCCACAACAUGUUGCGUGCCCACGCCAUGGCCUGGCAUACCUACAACUCCUUCUACAGGCCCAAGCAAAAAGGUGCAGUGUCUCUGGCCAUUAACAGUGAUUGGCUUGAGCCACUAAACCCAGGUUGCAAGGAGGAUAUUGCUGCUACAGAACGUGACCUCGCGUUCACCCUCCAAUGGUUUGCCUGGCCUGUGUUUGUUACUGGAGAUUAUCCAGAAGUAAUGAGAUCGGCCAUCGACACUCAAAGUGAGAAGAUGGGAUACAGUGGCAGCUCAAGACUGCCCAGGUUCUCAAAGGAUGAACCUGCCAUUUUAGGCACAGCUGACUUCUUUGCAUUGAACUAUUACACGUCACGCAAAGUCAAGGCAGGAGGAGAUUGCGGGCAGAUGUGUAUGAGGAGCGACCAGAAUGCAGAAGAAGUUUUGGAUCCAUCCUGGCCCAUCAGUGGGGUAUUCUGGUUGGCGGUUGUCCCCACUGGCUUAAGGAAACUUCUGAAAUACAUUAAGGACACUUUCAACAACCCACCAGUCUACAUCACAGAGAGUGGCUUCUCUCAGGUGGGGCCGCUGCAGAUUAAGGAUGUCCAGCGUUGUGAGUUUUACCGAGACACCAUAUUGGAAAUGGCUAAAGCUAUUGAAGAAGAUGGGGUCAAUGUCCGUGGAUAUUUUGCGUGGUCACUGUUGGACAACUUUGAAUGGACAGACGGCUACAGUGUCCGCUUUGGAUUGUUUCACGUGGACUUCUCCGAUGCAAUGCUGAGUCGAACCAUAUACAUGUCUGGAGAGGAGUAUGCCAAGAUUAUUACUAAACACAAGAGAGCCAUUGAUAACUGAGACGUUUCUAAAUGAUUGUUUUAUUUCUGACACAACUUCGUCACUGCCAAUGAAUGUAUUUUCAGUUCAGGGUUAGGGCUAGCCAGGUAGUAAGAAAACAAGUCAGCUUGCUCGACUGUCUCUUGAGGAAACCUGACUGCAGCAUGUGAAACAGGGACACAGGACAGAUUCAUUGCAACAUAAAUUACUAUUAUAUCAUGCCCAAUUUCCUGUCACUCAUCACGAGCAGGGCUAAAGCAGCGGCUGCAGAGCAAACACACGGGUACAUUGUAUUCACCUCUGCGUAAUAGCAAUUAAAUUGAUGGUGGUAUGUUGAAUAACAGCAUUGUUAUGGGAUUCUGUUCAGACUUGCACUUCACAUGUAUAUACGUAAGUUGACAAGUUCUGGCAGUAGCUUCCAAAUAAAUCUACCUGCUUAUGGUAACACGAGUCGUGUGGAAGUUUCAGCUUGAUUGACAGGUCUGUGUCUGUCGGUAUCGUAAUGCAGGGGCUGAUACAGGUGAGAAGGCAAUGCUAAAACGAAGACUGCGACAUGAUUUAUUUCCCUCUUGCAGACACAGCACUGAAUUUCCGCCCUAUGUAACAUGUCCACAUGGCAAUUACAGUGUGCUCCAGGAGUUUGCGUUUGAAUUUGACAUGAGUUAAUGUCCUGGAUUCCCAAAUUGAUGGAUUUCCCAAAAGGAACAUUAUGUAACUCACCGCACUGAUAGCCAUUUUUUUUUUAAUGACAUCUGAUCUGAACCCUCAACUUGCUCAAUCUGAUUCUGGCAGUUGGAGUUUGCGAUCACCAUAUAAAUACAGACCGUUUACCGUGCUCCUUAUUUCAUGUCAAGUGAUCAAAAUGAUUGUGAUGCUUUCAGAUCUUCAGGUUUCAAAAUUCAAAAAAUUACACAGUAUUUAAGAGUCACAAUAAUAUUGAUGAAAGUGCUAGGACAAACAACAUAAGCUGCCAAAGUUGUGUCUAGUUUUCUUUCUUUUCUUUUUUUAGAAAGUUUAAACUGUAUUUGCAAUCAAGUUCAAGAUAGUGUUAAGUAAAAAGACUGUACACUGUAGAUUAUAUUUGAACGACAAGGAAGAAAUAAACACAUCAAACAGCACA